GUCCACGUGGGCGUGGGCGAUGGCCAUGCCGUCCUCGCUGGCCUCGGCGGCCGCGAGCUGGGCGUUGAGCUCGCUCAGGCGGGUGUCGCCGUCCAGCACGAACUGGGUGGCCGUCUCCGAGGUCUCGGGCAUGUUCUGCGCGACCUGGCCCAGGCGCCAUUGAGAAGGGAUGGAGAACUCUCCACCGUCCUCGGCCAGGCUGCCGUUGAGCAGGGCGAACAGGCUGGACUUGCCGGCGCCAUUGCGUCCGACAAGGCCGACUUUUUCACCGGGGUUGAUGGAGACGGAGGUGCUGUCCAGCAGCACGCGGGUGCCGCGGCGCAGGGUAAUGAUUAUCCCAGCGAUUGCGCCAGGGCAGGAUUGCCGCCCGCCAUGCCCGUGCCCAGCCACGGUGCAAAGCCCUGGUACCAGGCCCUAGAUCGGCUGUAUGCCCACGCGCUGCAUCAUGGACUGGGUGAACUGGAUCUCGCGCUCGAAGCCCUUGGCAUAGGCUUCGGCGCUGGUGAUGGCGACCUUGCCGCCUUCCUGCUCCAGCAAGGCGAUGACCUUGGGCUGCCUGAGCACCUCCUCCAGUGCCGUGCGCAGCCGCUGGACGAUGGCCUCGGGCGUGGCGGCCGGCACGGACACACCGCCCCAGGACGUGAGGUUGACGUCGGGCACGCCCAGCUCGGCCAGGGUCUGCACCUGGGGCAGCUUGGCGUUGCGCUGGGGGCCGGCAAUGGCCAGCGGCACCAGCCUGCCCGCCAGCACCUGGGGAUAGGCCACGGAAAACAGCGGGGCGCCGAAGGCCACCUGCUGGCCCAGCACGGCAUUGACCAGCUCGGACGCGCCCUUGUAGGGCACAUGGUUGACCUGCAGGCCCAUGCUGGAGGCCAGCAUCUCCACGCCCAGGUGCGAUGGCGUGCCCACGCCGCCCGAGGCAUAGUCCAGCGCGCCCGGCCUGGCCUUGGCGCGGGCGGCCAGGUCAUCCAGCGUGCGCAUGCCCGAGUCGGCAUGCACGACGACCAGGAUGUCCGAGCGCGACAUGCCCAGCACAUGGCGGAAGUCCUUGAACACGUCGUAGCCGGGGCUUUUGUACAUGCGCAUGGCGGCGGCCAUGGCGAGCCCGAGUACAGCAGGCGCCUCGGCCACGAUGCGCGCGGCCGUGUCGGGGCUGGUGCCGGCCAGGCGCUGUCGUGCGCUGAGGCUGUGGCGGCCCAGGGCAGGCCUGCCGCAAGCGAUGCGGCGCCUGCAGCCUGCAGGAAUUGGCGGCGGUCCUGGCCGCUGCUGGUGAUGUGUGGCAUGGCUUUGUCUCCUGGUCUUUUGUCUUUUCUGUUUGCUGGGGGAGUGCUGGGGCUGCCGGCCAGCCUCAGGCGCCGGCCCGCUCCAGCAGCUCCUUGGCGAUGGUGUUGCGCUGUAUCUCGCUGGUGCCCGUGA